AUGGAUAAGUCAAAUUCAGAAGAGUGUCUUACAUUACACCACAUAGAUAGAAAAACAACACAAUAACAACACAACUUUCAUUUUCUUUGCAACUCCAAGCCAACAAUGGCGUCUUUACAGAAUUCACCUACACUUCACCAAACCCUCUUUCACAACUCUUUCCCUCAGAAACAUGGUUGUAAUUUUCGUUCAUCUAGAAGGGAUGGUAUUUCUUUCAUUGUUAAAGCUUCUCAAGAAUUGUCACCUUCUUCAACUCUAGAUAUAUCAGGAAGGCGCCACGUGAUUGCCAUUGGUGCUACCGCCCCAUUAGUUUUUCUGUUCAACCAACAAUCAAUUUCUUUUGCUGCAGAAAAUAAAAAAGGAUUUCAGUCAGUUUUGGAUAGGAAAGAUGGAUAUUCAUUUGACUAUCCUUUCGGGUGGCAGGAAGUAGUGAUUGAAGGUCAAGAUAAGGUGUUCAAAGAUGUUAUUGAACCACUCGAAAACGUUAGUGUAACUAUGAUCCCAACUGGAAAACAGGAUAUUAAAGAAUUUGGGUCCCCCGAACAGGUUGCUGAAACUCUAAUAAAAAAGGUUUUGGCACCUCCAAAUCAGAAAACAAAGAUAAUUAAGGCAACAGAGCACGAUAUUGACGGAAAAGUGUAUUAUCGAUUCGAGUUUGUUGCUAAGGCCCCAAACUAUACUCGCCACGCUCUCAGCGCAGUAUGCAUUGGCAAUGGUAGGUUUUAUACGUUGACGACAGGAGCAAAUGAGAGAAGAUGGGGGAAGAUGAAAGACAGAUUGCAGACCAUUGUAGAUUCCUUCAAACUUUUCAAUGUUUGAUGAACAAUCAAUGAUUGUUCUAUUAGAGAUAACAAACUCUUUGUCGGCAAGAAUGUUCUUUUUUGAGCUUUAAUCUGUAUGUAAUUUUUUAAUGAUUUAACUUAUAUUUAUUGUCAAGGUAAAAAAGUUUUACAGGUGUAUUCAUUUAUAUUCAA